ACACACAGUCAUAUGACUUGUAUUUCCUGGCACAGCCUGAUCGACUGGACGUCUCCUCACUUUUCUCUGCUUUUGUUUUUUCUCUUGAGUGGCUGAACAUCCAAAACCCUCAGCGAUCAUGUCUCGAUACGCUGCAUUUGUUUUCUUCUUGUCUUUCGGAGUUGUGUCCCAUCUGUGUCAUGGCAUUGAGGUUGAAGUCAUGAAUAAGGACAAGUUGUGUCUUUAUGCCAAUCUGACCCUCAGCUUCUCGGUCACCUAUGAAGUUGCUGACAACAAGAACAAAACGGUUUCAUUUGAGCUUCCCGCCUCUGCAUCAUCAAACGACAGCAAAUGCGACAACACGAGCUCGAUUCUGAAGCUCAGCUUUCCGGACGGACACUCCUGGAGCGUGAACUUCUCCCUCAAAGACAAAAGCUACCAGGCAGAAAACAUAACCUUCGUUUACAACCUCAACGACUCAAAGGUCUUCCCGGGUUCUUCAUCCAAUGAAACUGUUAAGGUGACGACGAAGCCUGACAUUACAGACGUUGGCGUGAACACGUGCUACUCGUGCAAAAGUGAAGACACGCUCAUCGCUUCGCCCUGGGCCAACAUGACUCUGUCAGACGUGCUCAUACAGGCCUUCGUCCUCAACGGCACCAAGAGCGAGAACCUAACGACCUGCUCUGCGGACAAACCCGUAACUCCAACUCCCACUCCCACUCACGUGACCAACGCCACCACCGUGGUGCCGGCCACCAACGCCACCACGGCAGUUCCUCCCACCACCCCCACUCCCACUCUGCCCACUCCCACAGUGGGGAAUUACUCCUUCAAGCACGACGUCAACAGCACGGCCUGCCUGCUGGCCAACUUCGGCCUGAGAAUCGGCUUCACUCAGAACAAGAAGUAUCAGGAGGUGAACUUUGACCCCCCAACUGAAGUUUCUGGAAGCUGUGGAGUCGACAGCAGCGAGCUCAUCCUGAUGUCCAACGGCAUCAACGUUUCUCUCUCAUUCUACAAUGACACAAAGAAAUUCCGCCUCCAUGCAGUGAACGUCACCCUCAACACCAGCUCCGGCGUUUUUGCUCAGAGUGGCACCAACCUGAGUCUGUGGGAGGCGGCGGUGGGAAGCUCCUACAUGUGCAACAAGGAGCAGAACUUCACCAUCACUGACCUGCUCUCCAUCUACACCUUCAGCCUGCAUGUGCAGCCAUUCGGCGUGAAGAACGGCCUCUACAGCACAGCUGAGGAAUGCCUGACUGAUGAGGAGAGCUACCUUGUUCCCAUAGCUGUCGGCGUUGCCCUGCUUGUUCUCAUACUUAUUGUUCUGCUGGCUUAUUUCAUCGGGAGGAAGAGAAGCAUGGCGUCGGGCUACCAGUCUUUCUGAUCUUACUCCUCGUUUAGAGCUGCAGGGGGUGGCCGCCGCCUUAUUUAAAUCGCUGCUUUUUCACUAAUUGGUGAUGAGAAGAGCGUAAUCUGUGUGUUUUGUUCUGUUAACUUAUGGGUCUUCUGAUUGUCUUUUAGCUUUGGAUAAAGACUGGAAACAUGCUUGAUGUACUCAAAACUACCAAACAGAAAUUGGAGGUCAUUCCCAGAAAUUACACUUAAAAUAAUUAAUUAGAUGGUUGCAAAAUGGCCGCUGCUGCAAGUCUUAGUCUGUUUAAUGGGUGGGAAGCUGAAAUCUAAAAUCUGCCAUCAGGACGCUUCCAAAUAUAUAUUCUUUUUUCUUAAGGGGCAAGUUAAUUUUUUUUUCUUUUUUAUCAGUGAGUUUGGAUACAAGUAAAACUUCUUCCAGUUGAUUUUUACCCACUUAAAGCAACUCGAACUUUAAAUGUGCAAAUCAACAUGAUGGAACAAUAUAUUAUCAAAGCAUGCAAUACUUUAACAAAUAUUCAGAUUGUUUUUGUUGGAAAGGGUUGUUUAACUUAUACAUUCAAGACUUAAAAAGGCUUAUUGGUUUCCCUUACUAAAAGAAAUUUUUAUAUUCUUUAGGUAUUCCAUUUAAUUUCCCUUUCUGAUUCAUAAAGUAUUUUUGAAUUGAAUUUGAUUGGGGAAACAAGUGGAACGGAAUUUAAUCAAUUCUGAGCAGACAAAAUUCAGAUUUAGGUCACUUUCUGUUCGGAAAUAUUUGUAAUUUUAGCCAAGUAUAAUAAUUUAAAAGCACAUUUGGGGAGCGUUUGAGUAAAAGUCACUGCACAGAAGAGGUGCUUGCAAAAGAAUGUAAAAAUAGUUGUUCAAAAACUAAUUUUGCUGGACGCUAAAUCGUUCCAGAAUUUAUUCAGAUAAACUGCAAUAUUGUUUUGAGACCAUUUUCAAUAAAUAUACCGAUGAUAGCAUGGAAAUGCAAGUUUGCUCUUUGAAAGACCAAUAUACUUGCAUUAUGUGCAGAACAUUUAACCUUGGAACUGGAAGAUGUUUAAUUAUUAAAAAUAAAACACAACAAUCCAAAACAAAUAAAAAACACACACAACCGAAACCAUAAACAACAAAGUUUUAAGUCUCUCUAAACAAAACUAUUACCCUUUAAAACAAAAAACAUUAAUCAGACUGGUAGGUAUCCGUAACUAACGGUCAUGGCAGUUGCUAUGGAGUUGCUAUGACAACAACGAAACAAGCCACAAGCUUAGAAAGAGCUUUCGCCUCGUUCUUUUCUAAACUAAAAACAGUAUAAGUACAUUAAAACCAUUACUUGAUUACAUUUUUAAGUACUUUACUUUCUUUUUGUUGGUCUCGAAAUAGUUCGUCUUUGCGCUUCUCCUGCCUAGCAGCAAGAUGGCGGUUCAGUAGCGCGGAUCACUUCGGUUCAGAAGGUUCUUUAUUUUUAAGCUAGUUAAUUGUUGUUUUUUAUUUAUUUAAUCAAUAAAUCUUGUGAUCAUUUUUCUUUAAUUAAAAUAUAAUUCGUUUUUUUUUAAAUUAGACUACUUUCACAAGAGAAUUCAGUUCGGGAAAAAAAAAAAGAAGCAAACAUUCAUGUUAAUUGUGUUCGGAUCGAGCUGUUUCCAGUUUUUACACUCAGCUUUUGGCAUAAUGUUUAAUUUAAUUUAAUCUGACAAACUUCAGUGAGUUAAUUUUGUAAAACUGAACUCAGCAGAAAUAAUCUGUCGUUUUGUGUUUUUCUCUCUAAUCCGCUCUGCAUCGCUUCCAUCUUUUCAUAGGUUGUUUCUGUUCUCCUGCUUCUGGCUUUGUUUCUAAUCGUUUAUUUCCAACCCAAAUCGCCCUCUAACUUCCUGCUGAGGCGCUAACUUCCUGUCUGUCUGUGUCUCUCUGUCUGUCAGCUGAGGAAUGCUUCCUGGACUCUGAUUUGAGCUUUUUGGUGCCCAUCGCCGUCGGCGUGGCCCUCAGCUUCCUAAUCGUCCUUGUGCUUAUCUCUUACCUGAUUGGUCGGCGGAAGAGCCGCACUGGUUACCAGUCUGUUUGAGUCCAGCUCUGCUGCUUCUGCUUCUUCUCCCUGUUUGUUCCCACCCUUUCUGCUAUUAAAUUAAAAAAACAAAAUACAAAAAGCUUCCUGGAUUUUGCUCAGUUUUCCUCCGAGGCAGCGUCUCCUUGCAAUAACCUUUUAGCUUAUUUCCCACGUCCAGUUUCAGCUGGUUUUGUUUGUUUUUUGUUUAUUUUAUUUUUUUGUUCUGACAAAAGUGACUGAAUCAAGCACUAAAACAUUUAUGAUCUAUGAUAAAUUGUUUCAAUAUAAAC